GCCUCACGACAUUUUCAGCAGUGGUAUUGUUGCUGUCUACUAGCGGCCAUCGUGUUCUUGUCCGCAGCGAACGUUAAACACCGUCUAUCUACAGGAAAGAUGCUACUUUUUGUAUCCGCCUGAUGUUAUCCUCGUAAACGUUAACCUAAGCCAUUUGUUGUUUUAAAUUCAGGCACGUUGCUAUCCUAAAAGAUUGAUUAGCACUCGCGAAAAUGAAUUCCAACACGCACGUCAUUCAGGUGACAAAUGUCUCCCCGAGCACAACGUCCGAGCAAAUGAGGACUCUGUUUGGCUUCCUCGGAAACAUAGAGGAACUCAAACUGUUUCCACCCGAGUGAGUACCCUGAACUAUUAAUCUAAUACCUAAAACGUUAUCUUACCUUGAUAGCUUACGCGGCUCACGCAAGGCUUCUCUUGAGGCCUGUACUGUUGAGUAGGCCUCACUGCCCAGCAUGCUAAUGCUAACGUUUGCCCGCGCCUUUAGUGAAAGUAGCAGCAGUCACUCCCCUUAACUUUACCGCAUGAGGGUUAUUGUAAAUCGAUGCUUUUCCUGAUGUUGUGUGAGCGAUUUGGCACAGAUAUAAAUGUCCUUUCUUCCACAGACUCCGGGAUAUAAUUAACGUUAGCUGCGAAACACCUGAUUUGGUCGACUAGUCGUUUGACUGAAAAUUAAUCUGCACAAAUUUGGUAAUCCGCUGUUUGACUCCGUUAUCAGCAAAAAUACUAGGACUUCAACCAAUGAUCUAUCGUCUGUUGACCUGUCUGUUAUUUUAAAUAAAGUAUUUAAAGAAUUGCUUGUUUCGUUUGACAAACCAUCAAAACCCCAAAGAUAAUCAGUUUACAAUGAUAGAAAACACAAAUACAUCAGGAAACCCUCUCAUUUGAGUUGGUGAAAAUUGUGGAAGCAUAACUUAUCAUUUGUUUGAUAAAUUACUGUUAACAUACAAACUGAUAUCUUGAUUUGAUAUCUUUGAUUGACUUGCCAGUUAAUUGACUUGAAUUGUUUCAGCGCUGUAAAAUAUUUAACAUUAGCCUGUUGAAGCUGCUUUGCCUUUCUCUUUCCAAUCACUGUAAAUGAAAUAAUUUCUUAAUUUUAUCCUUUUUCCCUGACCUUUUUAUAGACUAAAUUGAUGUGUAAUGUAAUUGUCAAACAUUUGCGGCCCUAGAUAUAACAGCCCCAGUAUUACAACUAUUUUAAUGUUAAUAUAUUUAUUCCAGUGACUUCCUGCUGGCAAUCCCUUGGCAUCUCUACAGCCGCUUAGGAUGCUAAUGAGCUACAGCAAUAUAUAUUUUACACUAUUGUAACACUGACUGUAGUAGGAAAUAAUUGUUCUCUGCUUUGUAUUUUCCUCUAUCGAUUUACACCUGGCUUCUUGGCAGGUAGGAUAUGUAACGACAACAUAGUAACAAUUUAAACAUAAUUUCACUCACAGGAAACCAGUGGGGGAGAAGAUAAAGGUUCAAAACAUCAGUGAUCUUUGAUUCUCAACAGAUUGUCAAUGAGGGUUGUGCUAACAUUACAACACACUACAUAUAAAUAUUACUAAGCUACCUUGUGAUCAGAGAGUGGACGAGUGUGUAUAGCCUAUGAUCCAUUAUUAUUAUUGUCCUGGGGACACAAAACUCAAAAAAUAAGUUUGCUUGAAGAAGGCAUGUUGGCUCUCCUUGUUUGUAUUCUUUGCACAACAUAUCUGUAUUUUUUUCCAGUGACUCUCCCUUGCCUGUGACUUCACGUGUGUGUUUUGUAAAGUUCCUUGAGUCUGAGUCGGUGGGAGUUUCCCAACACCUGACGAACACCGUCUUCGUGGACAGAGCCUUGAUCGUGGUCCCCUUUGCUGAAGGUGGGUGUCUGUGUGUAAUUCGUGUCUCACUCACAUGGCUGUCUCUAAACAAAACAUCACAAUGUGUAGGUUGUUUUAAUAGAAUUGCAAACACUACGUGAGCCAUUAUGAGUUUUUUCUGACCAAGCAAAUUUAGCUAUGCUUUUCAGUGCUUGGCAUUUCUAGGUAUGUAAAAGGGAAAUGUACAUUUGUGUCCAUGUCUUACAAUCUAGCUGUAAACUUCUCUCUCUGUUAUUUGUGUUGUGGUUUUCAUAGUGGACAAGUCAUUUGCAGAGAGCCCCUUCCUUGCUGGCUGAAAGUGGUCCUCUGCUGCCAUCAGGAGAUUAGAAAAAAUAAUGGCACCAGGCUCGCGAGCCCCCUUCUCUCUCUUGUUCUGCAGUAAAAUAUUAACUCUUUAUUUUUUUCUCUCUGUUCAAGGCAUCUUUUCUAAAAUUAGCCACACAACUCUUUAGCAAAAUGAGGGGGGUGGGGGGAAAGGGUGCAGGGCAAUCUCAAUUCCUCACAUGUUCAAAGGAUUUUAAUAUUUUUUUUAAAAAUAAAAUGUUGAUUUAUUAGGCAUGCACCAAACUAGGGAUGCCCCGAGCACAUCUGCUGGAUUGGUAUCGAGGCCGAUCAAAACAUUCUUUUAUUAAUUGGUGAUCGACUUCUGGUUUGAACCAAUUCUGAUCCUCUCUUUAUAUUUUAACCUUUUGCACUCUGUGUACGGCAGUUGCCAAAAUUUCGCAUUGCUUGAACCAGUAAACAUCAACAAUGAGGUCUGGUUGAUUUAAUUCACUCACUCUGCCUCUAUCUGCAACAUUUUGCAGGUGUUACACAUCUCUAAGAGAUCUACUGUUGAAAACAGCUUUUAAACUUUGGUUAACUGUAUAAUGUGUAAUACGUAGCAUAUUAUACAUAUUAUGUAGUUGAUUUGCUGCCACAACAGAUCCACAUUGAGUCUACAUUGAUAUUAUGCACAACACUGUAGGAAACCUUUAAUGACCCUGUACAUUACACACUAGUGUUUUCAGUUACUGACCGAUUAUACCUAUUUUUAGGUUCAAGUUGGGUGGUGCUAUGGUGGGAGUUUGUUUAGGUCACCAAACUCCAGGUGUAAGUUGCCCUGCCCUAACAGGUGCAACCAAACUUAGCAAUAGGGUGAGGGAGAUGUCAAUCAAGUCUUACAGGUCCACACAGUCCUGAGGUUUAAUCAGCCAAAUAACUGCACUAAAAAGGAAAAUGUAAAUACUGGAUCGGGACUUGGUUUUGGCUAAAUCCUAAUAUUAAAUGCCUCAGGGAGGGGAGGGGGGGUGUUCGGGACAUCCCUACACCAAGCACAAAGCAUGCAGGAUAGAUUAACCAAUCAGUUGUGCAUGCUAGAAUAGAUUUUAAAGGUGUGUGCCAUCAUCUAGACGGCUAUUUUCAGCAGAUGUGGUGGAAGUGAAUUAGCACAUAAUUUGGUUAUUAAACAUGAUAAGCACACAGUGCUUUUGGCAUUUACUUGCUUCAUGUGCCAAAGCCUUGUAUUAUUUUACACUGUGCAUCUGUAUUCUUCUAAAUUUACACUAACACACAAGAGAUAAAAGUAGAUAUAAGCCUCUGCUUGAUGUUGCAGUAAAAAUGCUUUUUUAUUGACCCUCUCCACACAUGACUCUGAAAGAGUUGAGUGACUCUCACGUUUAACAGUGGUGUUUCUUUUGUUGUUGUGUUUUACAGUUCUUUUUCCUGGUUCAGCCAGCCCUAUAUACCAGGCCCUGCUGAAAAUGCCACCAACAGUUUUGUCUUCUGCAGCCUUAUCCUGUUUCUCAAGUGUCCUUUCUGUUUGUGUGUGUGUGUGUGUGUGUGUGCGCGCGUGUGUGUGUAUGUCUCUCUCUCUCCCCUUUUUAAAAUGUCAUGUCAGAUAAAAAAAAAAAAGAAGCCUGUUUUCAGAUUGAACAACCAUGGAUGAUCAUCCCAUAAGAUUUUCCCUUUUGAUUUUACUGUUUGGUUUUUCUUCAGCUUUGGGCACAUUUUCUCAUGAUUUUAUCACAGCUUUUGCUGGCAGUAGCCCUUAACUGUUUAGUGCAGUUUGUUUGACAUUGUUUAGUGUUUGUAGUGACAUACUGUCGGCUAAAUCCUAGCAGUACUGUAGCCUGUUAGCAGUACUUUAUCUGGUUGCCAAGUUUUGUUGUGGUGGAAUUGUACAAAGUAACCACCAACAAAAGCCCAGAAAAGGUAAUAUGACUGAGCCUUUUCUGUUGUUGUAAUGGUAAGUGAUGUUGAAAUGUACCCUUGUCUACACCCAAAUCAUGAACUUUGUUUUCUGUAUCUCAAUGUUUUUGUGUGCUUUAUAGCGAAGCAGCCGGCGCGAGUCGCUUGUUCAUAAAACAUCUAAUGAAAGUUGAGAGCACAUCCCACGGGACAACUGGCUGUGCUUGCUUACGUUUGGUUCAUGACUUAAAAAACAAGUACAGGAGUCAUUCCUGAUGAAUCUAAAGCUAUGUCGCUGCUGGCUCCAGCCAAUGCCGUGGCAGGAAUGAUGCCUGGGGGAGGCCUUCUUCCAACACCCAAUCCUUUGGCAACAAUGGGAGGGACGCCAUUCGGAGGUCUUGGAGCUCCCAACAUGGAGCAAAUGGCUGCAAUGGGAAUACAGGGACCUAACAUGAACCCCCAGGCUCUUUCUGCAGACUUCCUGAAGCUCAUGCAAUCCAUGGACCCCAAAUUGAAUCCAUUAGCGGCCGGACUGAACUUGAAUCCAGGGCUGAAGUCUGAUGCGUCCAAUAAGGAGAUUGAAGAGGCUAUGAAGAGAGUCCGAGAGGCCCAGUCUCUCAUUUCUGCAGCCAUUGAACCAGGAAAUAAGAAAGAUGACAAGCGCAAACAUUCCCGCUCCCGUUCGCGGUCACGGCGCAGGCGGUCCAGAUCUCGUUCAAGACACAGACGUUCAAAGAGCAGGUCUCGACGGAGAUCCCAUUCCAGGAGUAGGAGGAGGUCCAAGAGCCCACGGAGGAGAAGGUCCCACUCCCGGGAUAGAAGCCGCCGCAGUAGAUCUAGGGACAGGAGAAAGGAGGAAAAGUCUAAGAAAAGAUCAAAGACGCCCCCCAAGAGCUACAGCAGCGCCAGGAGGUCACGAAGCAUUAGUCGAAGGCACAGGCGAAGCCGCAGUGCAUCUCGGUCCCCAAGGAGGAGGUUGUCCAGGUCACCCUCGCUCAGACGUCACAAGAAGGAGAAGAAGAAGGACAAGGAACGCGAGAAGGACCGGGAUCGAGAGAGGAGGGAGGACAGGAGCAGGGAUGAAAGAGAACGCUCCAGCAGCAAGAAGAAAAAGAGCAAAGACAAGGAACGGGAUCGGGACCGCAAGUCCGAUAGUGAGAAAGGAGACGUUAAGGUGACGCGGGAUUACGAUGAAGAGGAACAAGGUUAUGACAGUGAAAAGGGGGAGGAGGAGGACGACGACGAGAGGAAGAGUGACUCUGACUCUGUUUCAUCCCCCAAAGGCCAGGAGGAGAUGGAGAGAGCUGAGGGCCAAAUCCCCAAAAAGUCCAAACUGAAUGGAGACGAUCACCAUCAGGAAGACAUGGAGAUGAGCGACUAAGAAUAUCCUGAACAUGGCUGUUGUUUUUUUGUUUUUUUUUUCACUGUCCUUUUUAUAUUUUUAAUAUAGGCCACAACAUGUCUGUGCCUGAACACUCAAAGUUUAAAAAAAGAAAUGAGGAGAGAAAAAAAAAAAAGAAAUUUUGUUGUCUUAACUGUAGAAUUAUUGGGGAGGUGGUGUAGAAGGAAAGCAGUAAAAAUAAUUUUUGUUGAGACAAGAAAACGAGACUAAAAUAUGAAUAACAUGAGACAUGGUUUUAAAUUGUCAUUGUUGUACUUUUUUAAGAUCCUGUUUUGAUUUUUCUUUUUGUUGCCUUUGUGUUCAAAGUUUUGUCUUCCUGACAGUAGAAUACACCCCAUUUUCUACUAAAAUAUGUUACUAGUCGGGAAUGAACUUUCCUAGUUCAGACUGUUAGUCACUCACCACCAGGCACCAACUUCAUGUCAAGUUUAUGGUCACUGAACCAUUUUGCUUUAACUGUAAUGCACCAGACGUGUUUCAGCUGACCUUCCUAUUUACACCCCUUUGUAAGUGUACACUGUAGAUUGAAAUGUGUUGUUGCAAUGAAAUACUUUGUCUGCAAUAGGAUUUCCAGAGGAAACUAAUAAAAUUGGGUUAAACUGUC